UAGUUUAACCCAAUCUACCACUAUUUUCAAGUUGGCUACUUUUGCAUCAGACACCCUGUAUAGUUUAAAUUCAAUGUAGAUAAUAUUGUGUAACGAAAAUGUCAUAAAAGGACUGGACUAUUAAAUUGACAUGUAUACAUAUUUCGAUUUAGUACGAAAGAAGCGGCUUGCAAUGUUGGAUCUUUUAAUAGCGGCAUCCCGCGAUGGUCUUCUAACGGAGUUAGACAUCAGAGAGGAAGUCGAUACGUUUAUGUUUGCGGGUCAUGAUACUACAGCGAUGGCUCUGUGUUAUAUUUUGAUGCUAUUAGCUGAGCACAAAUACGUACAGGUAUCUAUCAUCAAAUGUCAGUCGUAAUCCUUAGACAAAAAAUUAAAUAAUUCCAAUAUUACUUAUUAAAGAUGUAUCAAUAUGAGAUUUGAUAGGUACAAGAGAAUCGCACGGGACUAGACUAUAGCACAAAACGCAACCAAAAUUUCGCAAAUCUGCGUUAUCCACUUGGCAAAAUGUGGACCAUGUCUGCAUAAGGAGACCGAACUCCCAUAAUCAGAGCAUAGUAUAACUAGUAGGGUCACUCUCUGUCGGCACCUUUGAUCUGGGCGUUCUCACUUUUUCGCCAUGUUUUUUAAGCGCUAACGGUGUAUCGAUGACUAAAAGUGCCUGGACCCUUUUUAGGAUUGUAUCCAGAAAAGGCGCAUACGAACUGGCAUACAUUAUUUACCGUAAAGGAAAUGGUCUAUGAAAAAGAAUUCUUUUAAUAAAAGUAAUUAAUGUAUAAUAAUUACUUGCUCCAACAUAUAAAUGUAUUUAAAGUGGUUGGCCCAGUGGUCGUCACGUUAAGCAAAACGCUCGACUUUGCAAAUUUAUAUUGCUCAGAUUGUGAAGUGAAUGACUAUUAUUUUAGGUUAUUCUGAAUCAGUUUUUUGUUAGGAAUAAGAACAUCGUUCUAAAAUUCUCAUACCUAUUUUCGUUUUUGAGAAAAUCCUUCGUAAGGGUUAGAAGACGCAUAUGUACGAGUCAUCGCCAUGCCGCGAUGACAGUUAGCCUAGUAAUCGUCAUGGGUACGUCACUAAUCGUCACACGUGUUUAACUAUCGUAUGUACGAAGGAUGAAAAGAUUCGGACUCAUAUGAAUUAAAAUUAAAAUUAUAUUAUGUUUUGAC